AUGACUGAUUCACGUUUUUCUGUGGGAAUUCUAACAGUCAGUGAUACAUGUUCCAAGGAUAUUUCACUUGACAAAAGUGGUGCAGUCGCAGAACAAUUACUUCAAGCUGCAGGAUUCCGCGUCCCGUUACGAGAUUGUGUUCCAGAUGAUAAGCAUGCUAUUCGUUCUAAAAUUAUACACUGGAUAAAAUCUGGUCAAGUUGAAGUUAUUUUCACCUUAGGCGGUACAGGUCUAUCUAGUCGAGAUGUUACAUCAGAUGUCAUUCUUGAAUUAAUUCCUGAAAGCCAACAUCUACCUGGUAUUGUUCACUCUCUGUAUUCAGUAUCUCUUCAGCAUACUGCAAUGGCUGGUUUAUCACGUUUUGUAGCCGGUGUCUAUGAGCAUACCCUAUUGAUAGCGCUACCCGGUAGUGUGCAGGCAGCCUCUCAGUGUAUUCCAACUAUCCUCCCGAUAAUGAAACACGCUAUUCAUCAAAUUAAAGGUUGGGAUCAUCUUGUUAAACAGGAACAUUCAAGUCAGUAUAAUCAUAAUCCGUGUAAAAGCAUUUUAAAAAACGGCUUAAAUCAUCAUUCAAUUCCGUGUAGUGUUGUUAAUCGUUGUAGACAAUCUAAACACCCGAUGAUAUCAGUUGAUGAAGCCUUGAAGAAAAUAUUCACAAUUUCUAAUAAUCAUAAUAAUAAUAAUUUAAUCGAGACUGAAGCAGUAUUUUAUAAAAAUGCUUUAAAUCGAGUACUAGGUCGAAGUCUUAAAGCACGUCAACACAUCCCGCCCUUUGAUGCAAGUAUUAUGGAUGGAUAUGCUAUGCAAUUUAAAGAUGGUGUUGUUGGCCAAUUGAAGGUGAUAGGAGCAUUGUGCGCUGGUGAUUCUAAUUUUAAAAGUGAGAAACUGACUGUCGUCCCAGGUACAUGUGUUCGUGUUAGCACAGGUGGUCCUAUUCCCCCAGGAGCAGAUUGUGUAGUUCCAGUGGAGCAUACAAGGCUUAUUUCUAAACGGUUUGUUGAAACUGAUGGUAAAUCCCCUGAAGAGGGGGAGGAAGAAGAAGAUAUUAUCGAAGUGACAGUUCCACCUGAAAAGGUCAGUCAAUUUAUACGUCCAUGUGGUUUCGAUCUAAAGAAAUGUGAUAUCUUCAAGAGAGGCUUACUUCUUGGUCCAGUUGAACUGGGUCUGAUUUCAGCUGCCGGCUUACUGGCACCUUGGCCAACUAACUGUACAGAUAUUCUUGAAGAAAGUGAAGAUCCAAUCCCUAUACCAGUGAUGAAAUAUCUCUCUCAAGGUGGAUAUCUACCUUGUCUAAAACAAUAUUCUAUUGGUGUUUUAUCAACUGGGAAUGAAGUGUUCGACGGAGUUGUUCCUGAAACCAGACCUUGUAUAAGAGACAGUAAUCGUCCAGUCCUAAUCAAUCUGUUACGUCAGCAUAAUUAUCAUAAUGUUAUUGAUUUUGGAAUCCUGUCGGAUGAUCGACAAUCUGUGUAUACAGGCUUAUCUAAAGCUUUAGCUUCAUGUGAUAUCUUAAUCACCUCAGGCGGUGUUAGUAUGGGUGAACGGGAUAUUAUCAGUCAGAUACUAGUUGACGAAUUCCAGGCAACUCUACACUUUGGUCGUGUUUUUAUGAAACCUGGAAAACCGACAACAUUUCUGUCUGUACCUCGAUGUAUUACUACUACUACUAACGCAACAACAAACUUAAAUGCUACAAGUCAACAAUCUGUGCUAGUCUUCUGUCUACCAGGUAAUCCGGUGUCGUGUUAUGUGACAACACACUUGUUUGUUUUACCAUUACUACGAAAAUUGGAUGGAAAACCGUCAGAAGAAUGGUGUUUUCCAACUAUUCAAGUUCGAUUGUUGCAUACAGUUAGGCUAGGUAAUCGUCCAGAUUAUCGACGAGCAAAAUUGAUUUGGAAACAUGACCUGAGUGGUGGUGCUGCAGCAGUUCAACCGUCUAUACCUUGUGCCUCGUGUGAAUCUAUGGGUAGUCAAAUGAGUUCACGUUUAGCUAGUUGUCUUGAUACAAACUUGCUAUUAAUAUUACCUGAGUGUAAGGCAGAUAUGCAGGAAAUCUGUGCAAAUUCUGUUGUCAACGCUUUGGUUAUUAAUUCAAUGAAUUGAAAUUGAAAAUUAACCAUAUUGUUUUUGAGAAAAAAAAAUUAGUUUUUAGUUAUUUUUUUUUGUACUUUUAGGUAUGAAUAAAAUAUUAAUCCGCC